AUGAGGUCAAAGUGUCAUGAGACUGUCCUAUGUUCCAUUUGUAAGGGCUAUGAUCACCCAUCAGCCUUGCACAAAGACUAUGGCAUUUCCUUAGUGGCCAAGAAAACUCAUGAGGGGGAGAAGCUCCCAGUUGUUAGUUCUAGCUGCACUCAGAUAUGUGGGAAGCCAUUCAACACCAGCAAGUCUUGUGCGAAGAUUGUGAAAGCCAUCGUGUACCCACAGCAGAAACGCGACCUUGCUAGAUAUAUCUACUGCAUCAUUGAUGAUCAAAGCAGCAACACUCUCACCACCUCUAAAUUAUUUGAUUGUUUCCAUGAAUAUGGUCCAGACCACCUGUAUACACUGAAAUCAUGUUCCGGUGAAUCUAUUAACAGUGGACGUAAAGCUUGUGGAUAUAUGAUACAGUCCUGUGAUCAAUCUCAAAUGUUUAGAUUACCAGAUAUCAUAGAGUGCGAUAAAAUUCCGCAGAAUCGGAAUGAGAUACCAUCUCCAGAGGUUGUAGCUAGCUACCCUCAUCUCAGUGAUAUUAUGGAAUACAUACCUACCAUUGAUGAUGACGUUUCUAUUGCACUACUGAUUGGUUGUGACCUUAUUGACACUCAUAUAGUGCUUGACCAACGUGUUGGCACCCCACUAGCUCAGAGACUACCCCUCGGAUGGCUCCUGAUUGGUAACUCAUGGCUCGGAACAGUUCACAAACAGACAGUCGUCACUGUCAAUAAGACCUCCAUUCUAGCAAAUGGUAGGCCAACCUAUCUGGAGCCCUGUGACAGUUCCUUUCAUGUGAAAGAUGACCCUGUGUUUAAGCAAACAGCAUACGACGAAUGUGAAGGGCUGUCUUCGGAAGACCAGGCUUUCUUGGAUAUCAUGCACUCAGGAUUCCAAAUGUCUGAGAGUGGUAAGUGGACAGCUCCGUUACCAUUUCGGACCUGUAGACCCAUUCUACACAACAACGGAGAAGCUGCAAUGAAACGAGCUAUUUUAUUCAAGAGCAGUCUUACGCACAACCCGACCAAGGCAACACAUGUGUGUGAGUUUAUGCAGAAGAUACUAGAUAGACAACAUGCUAAACCUGUUCCCGAAACAACCAGAAUCACAGAGAAAUGGUACUUGCCGUUAUUUAGUGUCUAUCAUCCCAAAAAGCCCAACAGUGUGAGGGUGGUCUUCGAUUCUUCUGCUAAGUAUCAUGGCUAUUCCCUGAAUGACGUUCUACUGAAAGGACCUCCCCUCUACAACAGUCUUCUAGGAAUCCUGCUUCGAUUCCGGAAGGAAGCAGUUGCUGUCACUGCUGACGUUGAGCAAAUGUUCCAUAACUUCCUUGUUACAACAGAACACAGAUAUUUUCUUAGAUUCCUCUGGCACGAGGACAAUGACAAUUCUAAACCUUUAAUAGACUAUCAUAUGAAUGUUCACGUUUUUGGGAACAGCCCAUCCCCAGCUGUAGCCACCUACGGGCUACGCAAGACAGUCGAGAAAGCAGAGACAGUAGUCCAGGACUUUAUUUACAGGAAUUUCUAUGUUGAUGAUGGUUUGAUUUCCUGCCGCACAUUUGAAGAAGCUGUUGAUCUGCUUGUUCGGACACAACGCACCUUGCAUGAUAAUGGGAAACUUAGGUUGCACAAGUUUUCAUCCAAUAACAGAGAGGUGUUGGACUCAUUCCCACAAAGUGAGCUAGCCAAGGAUCUCUGCAACCUUGAUCUUUGUAACGACACAUUACAAAUGCAGAGAAGUUUAGGACUCUUUUGGGACAUUGAAACUGAUCGAUUCACGUUUUGUACAUGCAAAGACAAGAAGGCAUUCACCAGACGUGGAAUAUUGUCUGUGAUAAAUGGACUUUACGACCCAUUGGGCUUCGCAGUCCCAGUCGUUCUGAAAGGCACACUUCUGAUGAAAGAAAUCCUGUCCAGUACAAACUCCCUAGAUUGGGAUGACCCAGUUACUGAGUUCCUUAAAAACCCCUGGGAUGUGUGGGUACAAUCCCUAGCUGAACUAGAACAAGUGUGUAUUCCUAGGCAGUACUCAGAUCACUCAUAA